UGUGCUAAGCUGCUUUUUUUCUGAACCAAACCAACAUAAUCGUUUGUUGCUUUUCGCUAUCUUGGAAGAUUCCGAUUCGUCCAUUCAAAUGGUCUUUCUUUCCCUUUUUUCUUUCACUGACAAAAAACAUCAACCAGUGUCCUAUGUUGUUUAUUCUACGGCUUUGUGCGUGAUGAAUUACGUCCUCCAGUCGCUAAAAAUUUGAUCGUUUACAACUUCGCAAGCGUGAAAUUAAUAACGUGUGUAAUAUGGCGUACUAUGAUGCUCAUAUGGAUGCCGAGCAAAUGCCGGCUGUUGAUCGAAUGGAUGCCGAAUAUACGAUAUAUGUGACGAAUUUGCCAAUAGAAUUAAACGAGGAUGGUAUCAGAGAUAUUUUUAGUCAGUAUGGUAUAAUUAAGGAAAUGUUCCAUCCUCGUCGUGCUACAUGGGCCUAUGUUACAUAUGGAACAUAUCGUGAAGCUGAACUCGCUAUGCGAGAAUUACAUGAAAAGAAACCAUUAUGCCUGAGAGUGGCAUUAGCAAAGGAGAGAUCUAGAAGAGAAGAAGUACAUUUUGAAAAAACGAAGGUGAUAGAUACUCCAGAUUCAUCGCCACCUAUUCACAAUGAUAUAAAAUAUCAGAAUAUGGGCCAUGGUCAACCAACACAUGCAUUCCGUAAGCAUGUAAUGCCACAUAUAACAGUACCAUGUAGUUUUCCAAACUACGAAUCAUCACCUUUGUCUUCGUGUUCACAAUCACAUGGUAUCUAUGAGCUCGAGGAUCCUUACAUGAAUACUAAUAAAUUGUGGACAAGAGGUAUAAUAACUGUUACACCAGAUGGAAAAAGACAUGUUUCCCUUGGACGUGGUUAUACACUGUAUGAAUAUCCAGAACCGCAUCCUAAGGUUGAAGAAUGUAUUUCAAACAUAUAUGAACAACGAAAGAAAGGAUUAUAUGAAUAUUCCAAAGACAAAUUUAAGAAUGAAGUGCAGAACUGUUCUGUUUGUUCUACAAAGACAACAAAACAUUGUGAAAAAUGCCGUACAUAUUAUUGUAGCAAAGCUUGCCAAUUGGAAGAUUGGCCACGGCAUCAGGCUGAAUGCGAACGUAUUCCGGCAUUAGUGGAAGAAAUUAAUGAUAUAUUAUCUUUGCAAAUUAACCAAGAUGCAAAUCAAAUAAAAAAGAUUAUCUCAAAUGAUAAACUAACUAAAUCUGGUGAUGUGAAAUUGCGACGGCCUAAUACGUUUAAUAUGAUGCAAAUUGAAAAUUCGAAUAGUACCAGUGAAAAUAUCAAUGAGCAUGAAAAUAAUAUAGAAGCUACUCAUAAGUCUAUCAACAAUAUUAAGGAUAAACACGUAUCUGCAUCUCAACGUAUUAAUAAUAUUAAUGAAUCUCAAACUAAAAUGGCAGAUCAACCUGUAGUAAAUGCCACAAACACUAAAGAAUUUUCUCAACAGCAUCGAUUGCGCGGACAUAAUAAUACUAACGAGAGUAUUGAUCAGUCGAAAAAAAAAAAUGGAUGCUCGCCAACAUCCAGCUUUGGCCGAAAUCAAUAUAGCCGUAAUUAUCAAAAUGAUUCAAAAAAGAUUAGUCUUAAAGAAAGAUAUGAUAAUAAUAGCAAUGUAAGAGAUAAAACUUACAAUAAUGAUAGAAAUGAUUCUCAAAGGAAUAGUUUCCAAAGUGACAAAGACUUCGAUUAUAAUGGCAGAGAAAAUACCAAUAGACAAGGAAGUAUUUCUAGUAAUAGUUCGGUAAACAACGAUUUAGCUUUUUACAAAGAUACACAGUUAUCAAAAACAAAAUUUAUAACUGUGGAAGUUAUAAUACCAGUAGAUAAUAAUGAGUAUUGGAUAUAUAAAUUAGAAGAUACAGAUGCACGUACGAAUUUAAUGAUGAAAUUACAAGAUAUCGCAAGAAAAUCACGUAAUAUGCAGCCGGUUAUUGGUGAAAUUUAUGGCGUUUUAUAUGAAACUGUUUGGCAAAGAGCUAUGGUAACAUCUCUGAAUCCUACUAAGGUCCAUUUUAUUGACUUUGGUAACUAUGAAAGACUAGAAAAAAGUAGUGAUAUCAAAGAUAUUGGUGACCUGAUCAAAUUUCCUAAGUUUGCUAGAAAAAUUCGCUUGACGCAAGGCACAAGUGAUAAAUAUAAAAAUCUACAGCGAGGCGAGAAGAUUUCUGUUAGAAUGUUAACUUUAAAUUCUGAGAAAACAAUAAUAGUAGAAGUAGAAGAAGAGCAAUCUACUGCAAAAAAUUUAUCUUCAUCUACAGAAAGUGCUUCAAACGGUACAAAGAAAAAGUUAUUAUCACAAAAGAAUUUUAAGGUAUCACCAAAUAAAAGUAUAAAUCCUUCCACGAUUCAAAUACCUAGCGUCUUAGAUGCUUUGGAUGAUUUGACACAAAAUAGUUCAGAGUUGCAAAUUAACGGUUUUAUACAAUUUUUUGAAUCCACGCAAAAGAACGUUUAUAGCGUAACUUUGCUUCCACAAGUUUUCAGUACUGAAGUAACGAUGAUCUUUGAAGAUAUACAAGAAGAAUGUUCAAAAAUACAAAUACCUGCAGAUUACAAACCAAAAGCAGAAGAAAUGGUUUGCGGUUACUGGCAGGAAUGCUGGUACAGAGGAUAUAUUUCGACGUAUCCCAAUUCCAUUUUUGCAAUAGACGAGGCAAGAAUUCUUCAAGUAAAUGAAAUUGUACCAUGUCCCAAAAAAUAUUUAAAUAUUUGUGCCUUUGGAGUAAUGUGCGAAAUAAAUCAUUCUACUGUCAAAUUGGAAAUGAACCAAAAUUACGAGUUUACAUCAAUUAUAAAUGAGAAUAGCAACAAACAAAAAAGUCUUGAAAUACAAAUGUAUGUUAACUCCGAAGUGAUACAGGCUGUACUGAAGACCUGGAAACCGAGAAAUUUAUCAAAUUUUGAGUUAAAGAAUGGAUCUAAGAUAUGUCUUACAAGUUAUCGAAAUCAUUAUUGUAUGUUUGCACGCUCUUUAGAAGAAGUGGAUGUAGAAUAUUAUAAUAAUGUUAUGCAAUCUGUUGCACAUUAUGCACAAACAGCACCAUACCUAACCGAACCUCCACCUGAUAAAGAAGUAGUGAUUGCACCAUUCGAAGGAGAUGAUAACAGUUACCGUGCAAUGGUACUUAAGACACAGAAUAAUAAAGCUCAGAUAGUAUAUAUUGAUUUCGGUAACCUAGCUGAAAUUGACAUAAAAGAUCUUAAAGUCAUGCCAUAUCAUUCACAGCAACAAAGCUGUGCGAUAAAAGUAAUCUUAAAAGAUGUACCUCGUGACGUACCCAUGAACCAAGAAGUUGACAUGUAUCUUCGCCACAUAUCAGGCACAGAAGUGCCUCUAAUAUGUACUUUUGAAGGUUUAUCCAAGGAUGGAGUUUAUUUGACGAUUGCUGAUACAGGAGAAUGUGUUAAUGAUAAAAUUAAUCAGCUGUUAAUCCCAGGGUGGAAACAAGCAAAUAAUAAUGAUAACACAUGUUAUAUGUUCAAUGACAUCAAAGUAGCAAGUUUAGGAUGUGUGGGUGAUACAGUGAAUGCACUGGUAGUAUAUAUAGCGAAGGAAGAUAUAACGUCAUACAUGAUUGGUCCUGAGGAUUUUGAAUUAAUGACUCAUAUCUUCGAAGUGAUGCCGGCAAUGUUGAAAGAGUAUUGUGAAAAAAUGGAAUAUUAUAUUCCAAGAACGCAAGAAUUAUGUUUGGCAUUGUACGGUGGGAUUUGGUAUCGAGCAGUCUGUCUCAAUCCUAAGGAAUCGCAUAGGACAGCUCAAAUUUUUUUUAUUGAUUAUGGGAAUGUAGAGUUAGUAGAGCAUAAGGAUAUAAGAUUAAUGCCCAAAGACUUCAUUUUACCUCAAGCAUUUGCGAAUAUGUGUAAUCUUGUCAAUUUAGCACCAGUCGACCGUAAUGGACAGUAUUCGGAAGCAGUACAGAAGAAAUUAAAGGAGUUAAUAAUGGAAAAUUCAUUCAUCAAAAUUAAAAUUGUCGAAUACUCUGAAGAUGGUUGUUAUAAAAUCGAAGUACCAGAAGUUCGUGCCAUGCUAAUUAAACACGGUCUCGUGUAGUCUUCGUAAAAAUUUUAAUUUACGUAUUUGAUAGAUUAUGUGAUCUU